AUGGCCGAUACGAAGCCGAAUCUUCGCUGGGGUAUCAUUGCAACCGGCCUCAUCUCGUCAUGGUUCGUCAAGGACCUAGUUCUCGAGCGCUCAGACGCCCGUGCCAACCAUAUUGUUCAGGCCAUCGGGUCGUCCUCUGAGGUCAAAGGAAAGAAUUUCGUCGCCGAGCACCUCCCUGGCCACUCGCCCACCGUUUACGGCAGCUAUGAGCAGGUUUAUGCCGACCCCAACGUAGACAUCAUUUACAUUGGCACACCCCAUGCCUUUCACAAGCAGAAUGCCCUUGAUGCCAUUCGCCAUGGCAAGCAUGUUCUCUGUGAGAAGGCCUUCACGUUGACGACGGCCGAGGCGCUAGAAGUCUUUGUUGCCGCCAAGGCCAAGGGCGUCUUCGUCAUGGAAGCCAUGUGGACGCGCUUUUACCCGCUCGUUCGAUCGCUGCAGAAAGUGCUUCAUGAGGAGAAAGCCAUCGGCAAGAUCCACCGGACGUUUUGCGACUUUUCCAUGGACCAAAAAAUUGCCUCGCUCGGGCCUGAAUCGCGCCUCAAGAACCCUGCCCUCGGGGCUGGCAGCCUGUUGGACAUUGGCAUCUAUAGCCUAACGUGGGGCAUUGUAGGCUCUGAGCCACCGCUGGGUGGUGCCGAGGGCCUAAAGGAAGCGUCGGAAACGCCCAAGGUUCUGGCCGCCCAGACUCUCUCCGAUGGCAUCGACGUUGCCACGUCGGCCAUUUUCCUCUACGCAGAUGGCCGCCAGAGUAUCGUUACUUCGAACACCUCGGUCAAGAGUGCCCCGGAAUUCUGCAGAGUGGAGGGUAGCGAAGGCACCGUCGUUGUCGAGGGUGUGGCCGCAUCGGUGCCAGGUUCUUUCACCGUCAAGAAAUUGAAUGGCGAGGAGAAAAAGUACGACUUUGAGAGGCCUGGCAUGGGAUUCUACUGGGAGGCUGACGCCGUCGCCCUCGAUAUUGCGACUGGCAGGACAGAGAGCGCAAUCAUGCCGUGGGCAGAGACAUUGCGCGUAUUGCAGUUGAUGGACGAAAUCCGGAGGCAGGGCGGGGCAAGGUUUCCCCAGGACGACCAAUAG